AUGGAUGCUCGGAGCAUACACGAUGGGUCAUCCAUUUCCGGGUCCGACCCAUCCAAGAUGAGGCUCCAACUCCCGGCAAGCUGCGACCCUCCACAGCCCGGGGCAGCCGUAAAGCCGCUAGUCUGGAUUAUUUUCGGCGGCACCGGCCACAUGGGCCGCUCCCUGGUCAAGUCGGCCCUCAGCCACGGCGACCUAGUCACCACGGUCGGGCGGGUGCUCGAGACGUCGCCCGAAGCCAUCGCGACACUCAACAGCGACACAUGCCUGGGCCAGCUGUGCGACGUGCGCGACGGCGCGUCGGUCGCGCGCGUCAUCCAGCGCACCCUCACCCGCUUCGGCCGCAUUGACUGCAUCGCUCAACUGGUUCUGGGUUAUGGCGUCAUCGGCGCGUGCGAGGACCAAGACGAGCACGAGCUGCGCAACCAGUUCGAGACUAACUUCAUGGGCACCUUGCACAUUGUCCAGGCCAGCCUGCCCUACUUCCGCCAGCAGAACGGCGGUCGCUAUCUCAUCUUCAGUUCUACCUCGGGCGCCCUCGGUGUCCCCGGCCUGGGCCCGUACUGUGCGUCAAAACGAACGCUGAUCGAGCCUGGACUGUUAGUAGAGACGAGCCGGACUCCAAGACAAAUCCCUUGCCCACCUGAGGUCCAUUUCCUGAUCAAACCCGCCAGCGAGGCAUAUUCGCACGCGACGUCGCCGGCGCUACACGCUAAGAGGAUGGUGCAGUGGCUUGGCGACAAGCAGCCCACGAGCGCGGUCAAGUGCGCCGAACUAGUGUGGCAGCUAGGUCACUGCUCGUAUCCGCCGCUGAGGUUGCUGCUGGGGAGCUACGCCAUCGAGAGUAUCCGUGAUCGAUUGCGGUCGGUGACGGAGGAAUUGGAAGACUGGAAGCAUCUCAACUACCCCGUCGCCCCGGAUGCGCCAGGCGGAGAAAGGGGCGACAAGACGGACCGGGAUGAGGGCGAUGAUAAAGAGGAAGUGGGGGACAGAGGAGUGCGGGAUGAGGCGGAAGAGAAAGAGGGCGAAGAAGACAAGGAGCCGGAGGACGAGGUGAUGGAGGGGAUGACGCCCGAGCCCAAAGAAUCAGAGAGGACCCAACGGAAUUGA